AUGGCCGACAUCGACAUGGAAGAAAUAGACUCACCGAUUGUUGACAUUCCUGUAAAAGAAUCGGUCAGCAGUAUUGACGACUCUCCAAUCACAGAGACUUUAGAAGAAAUACAAAAAGACUACAGAUUUUUUGCAUUGUAUACUUAUCACGCAAAUAGUAUAUCUGUUAUAGCAACUGACUUGCCAGCAGAAAAUGAAACCUCACUUCGCAGUGCAAUAGCUAAGAGACUGUCCAAAGGAACUGUGUAUGGAGGAAGUGGUAAUGUAGCAUCUAUUGAAAUAGGAUUAUCUGGUGAUUCAUCAUAUUGUUACUAUUGUUUAUUACGACAAGCUGGUGAAGAUAAAUUAACAAUAGAGGGAGCUUCUAAUAAUUUGAUAACAGAAGGAGCUGCCAGUGUUACAUCCAGGGAAUACUUGUCAUUGUUUUUCUUAACGAUAUUUACAUAUCGACCAGAACUUGAUAUUUUCAGUCAUGGUUUGCUGCCAUUGAUCGACACAGAUUUGACAGAAAUCAGUAAAAUGCACAGUUAUCUUGUAGAUUGGUAUACAUCAUCUAUGGAGUUCCUAUGUCGGAGUGUGCAAAAACUACAAAAUAAUGUCGCUUACGUAAUACAUGCUGCUAUGAUGAAUUUCAAGAUUGAUAUUCAUGGGGAGAAUCAGUCACUAAAGGAGGAUAUUGAAAAGUUUUCCAAUUGUUGUAGUCUAGCUGGUCUGCUUCAGCAUAGUGACAUAUCGGAGACGCAGUUAUCACCGGAUACACCAAUAGACACAUCCCUUGUUGAAAUAUCUCGUAAACCACAUAAAGAAAAGUCCCUGGGUAAAUUGAGCAUAGUUGUAACACCGGAUAAAGUCACCUUUGAUUGCACAGAAUGUAACAUAUUCUGUCGUGACUGGGCACAGGCUUUGUGUAAUGGAGAUGACCAUAACCCUGUAUAUCUGAGGCAAAUCAUUGAAAACUACAAACUGAAAGCCAUCCAAGAUAUGAACACAUUACAGAGGUUAAUAAGACAGGCAGAAAAUGAUCAUUAUGCUUUAUAUAGGUAA